CAAGGCAACGUUUGGAAACAAGCCGGUCGCGGUGCCGAGCAUUUCCGGUUUGUGGAGGAGAUAAACAUCAGAGCGUUUUUCGUAGAACAUCAGAUACAAUUCAGUCGAUUUUCCGUAAUAAAAUGACAGAUUUAGCGAAAGAGAAAGCAGCACGUCUGCUGAAGAAGCGUGGAAGUUUGUCUUCUCUGGGCAGUCAUGAAGUCAGAGCUAAAGAAGCCUUUGCCAGAACUAAGGACUCUAUCAGCACAGUGUCCUACAUGGAAGAGCCUGGACAUCAUGAUGAUAUUCCACGGCCUGCGGUGCAAAUGGAGAACACCUAUCAGCUCAGCCCCGCACAACGUUUCCCAGUGUUAAUGGUGAAGGACAUUCUAAAGGAUGUGUUGACCAGCUACUUGCAAGAGGAGAAAUAUGAACCAGAGCUGUGCAGACAGAUGACCAAAACCAUCUCUGAGGUGGUCAAGGCCAGAGUUAAAGAUUUGAUGAUUCCUCGCUAUAAGAUCAUCGUCAUCAUCAGCAUUGGUCAGAUCAGAGACCAGAACAUGCGCAUGGGGAGUCGAUGCCUUUGGGAUGAGACACACGAUAAUUUCUCCUCACAUACUUUCAAAAACAGCUCUCUGUUCGCCACCGCUACUGUUUAUGGUGUUUAUUUUGAAUGAGUGUGUAAGAAUAUCAGCCGAGUUUUAGUGACGAGUGAUUUUAGCCAACCAGUGGCAUCUACACUACAAAUGCACUCUGAGCUUUCUCAAGUCAGUUUACUGGCCUUUAUAAUGAUUUAUUAAGGUUACAAAUAGAGGUUGAGUAUGUAUGAGGCUCUUCUGUUGCCUCAAUGGCUCUCAUAACGACGAUAAGUUAUCAUGAAACUCUUAAAGCAAACAUAGGAACAGACUGCUGACUGUGUAUUAUAUAUAUAUAACCAAAUAAUAUAUAGUCAGAUAUUUCUAUUUCAAGCUGGUUUUGCACUCAUGUUAAUUCUACAUUCUUGCUGAUGAUGAGAUUUGUGACAGCUUCAAAUGAAAUGUUGGCCAGAAGUGGAAUAUUUGCCUAUAUUAAUGUCUACUAUUUAAUGUUUAUAUUAUGGAAGGACAUUUUGGACACAAUUUAAAUACCAUUGUCUUUAAGAAAACGUUUUACCUCAUAUAAACAAUUGAAAAUAUGAAUCUCUUCCCAUACACUGAGUUGAAAUGAUUUCAUUUUAAUACCUCAUUGUGUGUGAUACCUCAUUGUAAGUCAAUAAAUCUGAAUGUCUGUUGACAAUAA